AUGGAUCUUAAGAGAUACAGAUAUAAAUAAGUCAGCUUAAAAGCUUAUAAAACAGCUGAAGUUAUAGAAAGAAGAGAAAGUAAGUAUUGACUUGAAAAAGUAUGUUAUGUAUAGAAAAAUUUAGUGUUUUUUAGAUCUUAAUAAGCUAUAUGAAACUUGUUAAAAUCCUAUUAGGAAAUAAGUAAAAAUACUUACAAGUCAAAAUAGAUAUUAGUUGACAUAUGAAUAAUUGAAUUAAAGGAAACGGAUGCUAUUUGUUUUAGAUCCAAAAAGAAACAUGACAUAUGGCUAUUAGGAGUUGGUUUAUAUGAAUUUACAACUUGGCCUGAAUAACCUCUAUCAUUUACUGUCCAAAUAUUUGAAGGUGCCAAUGUGAAUAGGUUUAGUAUGGAUUAAUUAUAUUUUUAGCAAAAAUGUAAUUUAUAAAGAUAUAUUCACUAUACAACUUGAUAAGGAUUUUUGUAAUCAUCAAAGAAAGUUUUACUUUAAUAAGGCUAUUAAAAUUGAAUUUGAUAAAACUUAAACUAUAGGUAUAAAUGAUUAUAUAUGAAGCACUUAAACCAAAUUAAAGUUGUUUAAGUUAUUAUGGUGCUAAUAGUAAAUUUGAAACUGAUGAAUUUGAAUUUUCAUAACUUUCAUUCACUCAAGAGUUUAGUGAUAAUUCAACUUCUAUAAAUUAAGGAGUAAUACAAUUAUUUUAUUAUGAAUGA